AUCUCGAUUUCCAAUAGGACAGUCACCUGCCCUAGAUGAUCCGCCCUACUUUAAUCAAGUUCAGUUGGACUUUAGCUGCCGCUGCGUGUUCUCUGCCUUUCAGCCCAAUCCCUCGAAUCGGAACAAUUUGUGAAGCGAUUUUGGACCUCAGUAGCUUGUCACGCUGCGGUGGGACUAACGCCACUCCUUGUUCCACCCAUUCUCCCACUUCACAGUCCGCGACUGUCGCUCGCCCGCAUUUCCAACCCAUCCGCUCCCUAACGGCAACAAAAAACACUCAAACUAUGGAUAAACCGGAUCUUAUCCAGAAGGCCAAGCUGGCCGAGCAGGCUGAGCGCUACGACGACAUGGCCGAGUGCAUGAAGGCGGUGACGGAAAUGGGGAACGACCUUACUAACGAGGAGAGGAACCUGCUCUCCGUCGCCUACAAGAACGUGGUGGGGGCCCGGAGGUCCUCUUGGAGGGUGAUCUCCAGCAUCGGAGGCAAGGCUGAGACUGAGAAGAAGCAGCAACUGGUUAAGGAAUAUCGGGAGAAGGUGGAGAAGGAGCUGCAGGACAUCUGCAACAACGUUUUGACAUUGCUGAGUACACAUUUAAUUAAAAACUCCACACAAGCUGAGAGCAAAGUGUUUUACCUAAAGAUGAAGGGGGACUACUUUAGAUACCUUGCUGAAGUGGCCUCUGGAGAUGACAAAUCAAAGACUAUUGAGAACUCGCAGCAAGCGUACCAGGAAGCAUUUGACAUCAGCAAGACUGAGAUGGACCCCACACACCCUAUCCGCUUGGGUCUGGCACUUAACUUCUCUGUCUUUUACUACGAGAUCCUCAACUCUCCAGAAAAAGCUUGCGAGCUGGCUAAAACGGCGUUUGAUGACGCCAUUGCUGAACUCGACCACCUCAACGAGGAGUCCUACAAAGACAGCACCCUCAUCAUGCAGCUCCUCAGGGACAAUCUGACACUAUGGACAUCAGACACCGCUGGCGAGGAGGGCGACGCCGGCGAAAGAGGCGAGGGCGGCGACACUGAGAACUAAAAGAGAGAAAGAAGAGUCCUUGGUCUCCAACAACAAAAGGAUUAAAAAAAACUUUUUACACAUCGUUCAUUCCUUUUCCUCCAAUCCAACAUUCUACCAUUGUUGAAAAAAAAAAAUCCUGAAAUAAUGAAUUGGAGAAGAAAAAAGUACAUUAAUGGAUUAGGAUGACUUAUUAAAGCAAAACCUUCCAUUCCCUUGGUUUGUCUGUCCUGGCCUUUCAGUAUGUGCAAUUUCAGCUGUAGAAAAGUAUUGAUCGCUUGACAUGGUAUUAUGCUCUUUCCUAAAGUUAGACAGAAGCCCUAAAAGUCCCCAACAUCAAACAACUGCAAGCUCAUCUUCUGAUUUGUCUUGUUCUAGGGAGUAAUCUGGUUUGUUCUUCUUAGCCUGUCUAAACAAAAUUAUGUGGUACGGUUACAGAUUCUGCAAUUCAGCUUCAGAUGUUUUUUUUUUUUUUUUUUCAUGCUGCAGGGAAUGCCAGUGUUCUGUGCAGGCUGGCAGCAAAUACUUAGUGCUCAUUGGAUUAAUCCUCACUUUAUGCCCUGGUUAUGAUGCCACUUUUUCACUGAAGCAUGUCUGUUGGGGGGAGGGGGAAAUUGUGGGGAGGCUUGACUGAUUUACAUGCAGGGACCUUUUUAAUGGGAAGAUAAAUACAAUUCUGUCAUUGCAUGUCUCUUGAGAUAGUACACUGGAAUGGGAACAAAUGCUGUAACACAUAAGUACAAGUGUCAAGUUAAAUAUUUUUCAAUGCAGGUUUCUACACAUCCUAAAAGAGGGUGAACUGUUUGUCUGUCCAGUGAUUGUCAUUAGAGAUUUGGACCACUAUUGUUUUGCUAUUCAUUCAAUUGUAGUCCCCUAUAAAGCCUUGUGGAAACGUUUGAAUCCCUGUGUAACAGCUAUGUUAACAUCAAUAAAUCAUUUUAUAAACCA